GUCGAUGUGCGCUUCGUGGCGUAGUCAUUCUGCUCCCGGUCACUGACGCGUGCGGACGCAGGAUGGUUGGCUCCGAGCGAGCUGCGACAGCGGUCGUCAACGGCCGUGGUAGCCCGUCGUUUUCCGUGCCCAAGGACUACAGGAUUAUUUUGCCCAACGUUUCAUCAGGUGAAGCUAUGAAGCGUGCAGUCAUGCUGCACUGCGACAUCUCAGGUCGUCCAUAUCGCAUCGAAGACUUUCGAAAGCCCUUACAAGACGCCGGCGUCAUCAAGGACGUUGCUGUAAUAGGUGCCUACCAGAUGUCCCACGUCUGGCUCGUUAACCUGCGGACGGAUGAAGCGAAAAAGAAGCUUAUAGAAGCAGGAAGGUUGGUCGUCAAGGAUCGUCUUUGCAUCGUCAUCGACCCCAACAGGCAAGAGGUGCGUCUGAAGUUGCAUUGGGUGGCUUUGGAUGUCACGAGCGAUAACAUUCGGAGGGCAUUCAGUGAAUACGGCGAAGUGAAGGAGGUGACCAAUGACAGGUGGAAAGCGGAGGGCUUCGAAUGUGCUGACUCUCUGACAAAGUUUGUGCGAUUGUUUUUGAAAGAGGGUAUCGCACUGGACAACAUACCGCACCAGAUGCGCCUGGGCAGCGGUACAGUGCUCAUUGUGGCGCCAGGACGAGCCCCUCUUUGCCUUCGUUGCAAGCACACGGGUCAUAUACGGCGUGAUUGCAGGGUACCGAAGUGCGCCGAAUGUCAUGCGUUUGGCCAUGGACAGGAGGCAUGUACUCGCAGCUACGCCAAAGCCGUGGGCAGAUCUACGGUUGUAGACCAAAGCGAGCUUGUCAUGGACGAGGAAGAGGCAGAGCAAGCUGCGGCACCUGCGACAGCCGACAAGAGCGGAACCGAUCAGGGAGCUGACAAGGAAGUCCGCGUCUCGGGGCUGCAGACGCCGGCCAUGACGGUGUCCAGCGUCGGUGAGCACCAAGAGACUGCUACAACGAACGCGGUUGGCGUUGGUCCGGUGCUCCAGGAUGAGGGCCCCACGGGAGAGUCCUCGGACGCGACCAGCGUCUCUCAAACGCAGCAGGCAGCAAGCAUAAAGCCAGCGGUCGACGAAAGUGCUCUGGGAAAUAUGGACGCGGAGACAACCCCGGCAAAGCGUCGCCAUGACGACGUGAGUGCGGUGUCGCAGGAGCAGCGUCUGAGACAGGUCGAAGCUUCGCUGGAAGCGAAUGGGGUGACGAAGAAACCUCGCAGCGCCGUUCGGACGCGCGCGUCGUCCCUGACAAGGGGCGGCAAGGAGGUGAACUCUUAGACGCCACUAUGGCGACUGCACAAAGCGUCGAGAUGGGAAAUGAGGGCGUCUUGCCGGCGGUCUCGUCCGGCAGGAAAAUUGUGUCGUUGGAAAGGUCCCUGCGCGUAGGAACAAUUAAUGUACGAGGAUUAGCGACUAAAAGAAGGCAAAAUCAGUUGUAUCGUAUUGCGAUAGAACAAGAAUUGGACAUAAUCGCAGUGCAGGAAACUAAAGUUCAAGGCGAGGACCAGACCGACGGCAUGUUACGCCCGUUCUCGGCGCAUUAUAGUGUGUGCGUCAGUCAUGCGGUUGGGACGUCAGGAGGGUGUCUAUUAUUGGUGCGUAGUUGCUUAGGUAUUGUUAUACAGUCUGUUAUAAGCUGUCCAUCGGGCCGCUUUGUAGUUUGUGACUUUGUUUUUGCCGGCAAUGAAUGGCGCGUGUUUUGUUUGUAUGCUCCAACUGACGUUGCACAGCGUCUAGAUUAUUUCGGCCGCAUUAGUGAGUAUUGUAACACUGAUCGUAUACUGAUCCUUCUCGGCGAUUUUAAUUGUGUAUGCUCAGCACGAGACAAAACGAGUACUACGCCGCACCGUGAGACUAGCACGAUAAAGUUAAUGGAUAUCAUCAACGAUUUCGCUCUGGAAGAUGUGGGAGAAUGUAUUACCAGUGGGUAUAAUGUCCAAUUCACGCAUUUUCAAGGUUCUAGUCACGCACGCUUAGAUCGUGCAUAUGUGUCGCUGGAUAU